CUUAGGUACUAAACGGGUUGAAAUGCAAAAGAUGCAACUUCACUCCCUCAAAUUACUGGUCUAAGGAUCUUCCAAAGCCCCUUCUGUCCUGAAUGGAGCUGCCCGUUCUGGAUGCAAAAUCCUUGCUGCGUCUCAUUCCCAUGAAUCCUUAUGCCGAAAUCGCGGAAGAGCCUGUGCUACUUCCUUCACUGAGAAACACGAAUUCGAUGUAAACGUGAAGAGAAUCAUUUUCGUUUUCGAAGAAAUGAGAAGUCAAGGGUGUGCAUAACCAUACUCUGGAGGAAAGGCCAUCGGGAGCAAAAGGACAACUUUCGAAUUUGAAGGAAACACAGGGAGUUGUCUCCAUUUGACUUGAGUUUUGUGGAGAGUUAGGGGGAUUGGGAAAGGCUCCGAGGGCAGUAUUUGAAGUUGCAGAGAGAAGUUCAGCGGCACACGAACCCAGAGUCUUGUCGCUUUAGAUUCGGAUAGAAAAGGCUCGAUUGCGUGCCGGGAAUUUUUGUAUUUUUCUCUUUUUUCCAGGGGUAAGAAACACAACCAUGAAGGAGAGCCGAGUGACUGUAAGCGGCUGAGAAGGCGGGUUGCACAGCGCACCAAUCACAGCACGACUCCCUCGUCUAUAUAUACUCCCAGGCCCAGCGUUCUGGGUUGUAGAGUGUGGUGGUCUGUCUUUCCUUGUGUUUUUUUUUUUGAAGUUUUGGUUUUGUUUGUUUGUUUUCACUGUUUGAGACAGAGCGGAGAAGCAUGUCUGAGACUGCGCCCGCCGCCCCGGCUGCUCCGGCCCCCGCGCCGGCUGAGAAGACUCCGGUCAAGAAAAAGGCCAAGAAGCCUGCCGGGUCCGCAGGGGCCCGGCGCAAGGCUGCAGGACCCCCAGUGUCCGAGCUGAUCACUAAGGCGGUGGAAGCCUCCAAAGAGCGCAGCGGCGUAUCCCUGGCUGCCCUUAAGAAGGCGCUGGCGGCCGCCGGCUACGAUGUGGAGAAGAACAACAGCCGCAUCAAGCUGGGGCUCAAGAGUUUGGUGAGCAAAGGCACUUUGGUGCAGACCAAAGGCACCGGUGCUUCCGGCUCCUUCAAGCUCAACAAGAAGGCCUCUGCUGGCGAGGGCAAAGCGAAGGGCAAGAAGACCGCUGCAGCCAAGGCCAAGAAACCUGCUGGUGCUGCGGCCAAGAAGCCCAAGAAGGCGGCAGGGACAGCAGCUGCCAAGAAAAGCGUUAAGAAGACGCCGAAGAAGGUCAAGAAGCCGGCUGCGGUGGGAGCCAAGAAGGCGACCAAGAGCCCCAAGAAGCCCAAAGCCGCUAAGCCGAAGAAAGUGGCCAAGAGUCCGGCUAAGGCCAAGCUGGUCAAGCCCAAGGGAGCUAAGCCUAAGGCAGCGAAGCCGAAGAAGGCAGCGCCAAAGAAAAAGUGAAGGGUGCUACGGGAAAAUUGCGCUUUCAGAAGCCUCAAAGGCUCUUUUCAGAGCCACCCCACGGUCUCCGAGAAAGGGCUAAUAACACUCAGCAUUCCUCUAGGCCGCGCGUCGGGGAAAGGGGAAAGGGGGUGUAGAGAACGCACAUGGCAAUGUGGGGAAAAUGUGCUGGAGAAACACACACUUUAAGCCCUUUUUUCCCCGUGAUGGGGCGGGGCCCUUACUAGGAACGGUUGUAUACACGUUUACCUCCGGAGCUGCAAAUCGCUCUUUGUUUAUAAUGAGACUUCCGUGCCAUCUAGUGUACAUCUUGCGGAGCAGCAGCCCGUUCCACUUCACUGGCAGCGCGGGACCCUCUCGUAGCUCCACACUGGUGUCGGGCUGCUAGCGGGGGGCACUUUUGCAGCCGGCCGCUCGCUUGCCGAGUACUUUGUACUUCCUG